CUGAGCCGUGUCUGGGUGAAAGGUCGGCUGGGGGGCGUGCUCUGAGAAGUUGUAAAUAAAGCAACAUUUCGACUUUGUCCCGAGGAGACGGGGGUUAGGCUUGUUAUAACUAGCAAAUUAUACAUGUUUAAGGAAGGACGCCAAGCAGUUAAAGCUAGGACACGAUGAAGCUGUUGGUAAAGACAGCCCAGACUUUGCUGUCGGUACAGAAGGCGUCUCCACCCAGCGGCUGCAGGCCUUUCUGGGGCUGGCUGAACGCAGUGUUCAACAAGGUGGAUUACGAGCGUAUCAAAGCGGUGGGUCCCGACCAGGCUGCCUCGGAGUGGCUUCUGCGCUGCGGGGCGAAGGUCCGAUUCCAGGGCUUCGACAGGUGGCAGCACGAUUACAACGGCCUCCCCACCGGCCCGAUCGGCAGGUACAAGAUCCAGGCCAUCGACGCCACCGAGUCCUGCAUCAUGUACAGGGGCUUCGACCACCUGGACGGCCUGGAGCACGUUGAAGAGAUGAAGUUGUGCAAGUGCAUCUACAUCGAGGACGCGUGCCUGGAGAGACUGAGCAAGGUGGAGAAGCUGCAGGAGAGCCUGCUGAGGAUGGAGCUGGUGUCCUGCGGCAAUGUGACUGACCGUGGGCUGCUCGCCCUGCACCACCUCAGGAACCUGGAGAGGCUGCUUCUCAGCGACCUGCCGGGAGUACGGGAGAAAGACAAGACGGUUCAAAUGCUGCGCACCGCACUGCCAAACCUGAACAUUGAGCUGGACCUGGACUAGCACAGGACAGCAGCAUGGGAUGGACUGGGCAGGGCUUGACUGGACAGCCUGGCACUGGGACAGAACACAGUCAAGAGCUACAAAAGUGAUUGAUAGCAAGCAGGCCACUGGUGCCACACAAUAGCAUGUGGCAAGCUGGUGCCCUGCAUCUUACUUAUCUACCUUUUUGAGGAAUGUGAAUAAAGGUGUACUUUGUGGUGCUGUAGAUGUGAGUGACUGCUAAAGAAUACAGUGAGCAGAGCCCAGGGAAUUUAGUUUUAUUUUCAUAGAACUUGAACACUGCAACUUUUAAUACUAUGCUUCUGGCACUUUUUUUUUCUUUUCUUGGAGAUUCAGUAAGGGGCUGGGUGGAGGAAGCUAGCUCGUUGUGUUUCAUUGGGGCUGGGUGGAUGAGACUAGCUCGUUGCGUUUCAUUGGGGCUGGGUGGAUGAGACUAGCUCGUUGCGUUUCAUUGGGGCUGGGUGGAGGAGACUAGCUCGUUGUGUUUCAUUGGGGCUGGGUGGAUGAGACUAGCUCGUUGUGUUUCAUUGGGGCUGGGUGGAGGAAGCUAGCUCGUUGUGUUUCAUUGGGGCUGGGUGGAUGAGGCUAGCUCGUUGUGUUUCAUUGGGGCUGGGUGGAUGAGACUAGCUCAAUGAGACGACAUUCAUUUCAAUGUUGAGUUGUGAUUUUGUGUUUCCUGUAAGUGAUAGACAUGCAGGGUCUCCAAGUGUUGAGGAAACAGCUGUGAAUGUGUUUUGCAGGAUCUCGUUUGCUGCAGAGAUUAGAAUAAUGCAUCUUUACGCUAAUGCGUGUUUUGCUUUGACAGAUGUCUGCUAUUUUAUUUUAUUUAUUUAUUUUUGCUUUGUGCAAGAAAUAUGAAUGUAAAAGUGAUCCUUGAAUGCCUAGAAACAGCCAUGCUGACAACCGAACUGUGUUUGUGUGAAUGGGGUACCUCAUUAAAUAAAUCAAAUCAAACAAGCUGUUUCAACACAAAUUUAAUAAAGCACUUUACAAGCGG